UUUCUUCACCAAUCCAUUAAUUGAACAUUGCUGAAAUGGAGGCCCUUGACAAGCGCAUUAGCGAACAGGGAGAUCUUGUGAGAUCUCUCAAAGCAUCCAAGGCCGAUAAAGCUCAAAUUGCUGCCGAAGUAGAGACUUUGAAAGCCCUGAAGGCAGAGAGAGAGGAUCUGAACCCUAAGGACAACCUUAUUUCCACUACAGCUCCAAAGUCUACAGCACCCAAGAACGACGAUAAAAAAGCUAAAUCCAGCUUCACGCUCAAGAAUGCCAAGGGCACCAAAGAUUAUACACCACAAGAAAUGGCUGUGCGUGAAAAGAUCUUCUCGACGAUCAUCUCCGUUUUCAAGAAGCACGGAGGCAUCACCAUUGACACACCAGUAUUUGAGCUUAAAGAGAUCCUUGCAGGCAAAUAUGGCGAGGACAGUAAAUUGAUCUAUGAUCUUCAGGAUCAGGGAGGCGAAAUGUGUUCUUUACGUUAUGACCUGACAGUUCCUUUUGCUCGUUUCCUCGCUAUGAAUGGCAAGGAAUAUCAGAACAUUAAGCGCUACCACAUUGCAAAAGUCUAUCGUCGUGAUCAGCCUGCAAUGACCAAAGGUCGCAUGAGAGAGUUUUAUCAAUGCGAUUUUGAUAUAGCCGGAACAUAUGAUCCUAUGAUUCCAGAUAGCGAGGUCCUGAGAAUUUUAACCGAGUGCUUAACUGCAUUAGAUCUUGGUGACUUUACGAUAAAAAUCAAUCACCGAAAGAUCCUGGAUGGAAUUUUCGAAGUGUGCGGCGUUCCUGAAGACAAGAUUCGCACUAUUUCGUCUGCGGUUGAUAAGUUGGAUAAGUUGCCUUGGGCAGAUGUUCGUAAAGAGAUGACAGAAGAUAAAGGAUUGGACCCGAAGGCUGCUGACCUCAUUGGCGAAUACGUGCAACUAAAGGGUGGUGAAGAGUUGCUGGAGCGGCUCUAUAACGAUGCUAAGCUUGGCGCUAAUGCUCGUGCAAAGGAAGGCUUGGAUGACAUGACCUUGCUUUUCAAAUACCUAAACGUUUUCAAUGUUACUCGCUACACAUCAUUCGAUUUGUCGCUUGCACGUGGAUUGGACUACUAUACUGGUUUGAUUUAUGAGGCCGUACUUGAAGGAUCUGCUCCUCCCACUCUUGCUAAUGGUGAAAAAGCACGUGCCACUGUCAGGGAGGGCACGGAUGAGUUGGAUGAGAAUACUGUUGGUGUUGGUUCUAUAUCAGCCGGUGGACGCUACGAUAAUUUGGUUGGAAUGUUCUCUGGCGUCAACAAAAAGGGCCAGCCUAAUUUGGUAAUCCCUUGUGUUGGCGUCUCUAUCGGAGUGGAACGUGUGUUCUCGAUCCUGAUGCAGAAGCAAAAGAAGGAGCAGAUUAAAAGCAACGAAACUGAAGUCUAUGUCGUGGGUCUCGGUGGAGUCUCGGUAGAGGAACGUAUGAAGAUCUGUACCGAGCUCUGGGAUGCAGGUAUCAAAGCCGAGUUUGCUUACAAGCUCAAGCCCAGGACCCAAAAUCAAUGGGAUGCUUGCGACCGUGACAUGAUUCCAUUUGCUGUUAUUGUUGGUGGAGAAGAAAUUGAAAAGGGUCUGAUCAAGAUCAAGGAUAUGCGCGCAAAAGACGAAACACAGAAGGGUGGUAUUGAAUAUCCUCGCACUGAGAUGGUUUCAGAGUUGAAGAAACGCCUUGCAGAAUUAUAAACUCUAGAAAAUAAUCGUCAAUAAAUGUUGAAGCAGGCGUAUCGAGC